AUGUCGGCCCGUCGUCAGCACAGUGAAAGCCGAGCCAUCCCGACCAGGACGGUGCUGAUCAGCGACACAACACAGCUACCUCACGAUUACUGCACCACCCCCGGGGGCACGCUGUUCUCCACCACCCCAGGAGGUACCCGCAUAAUUUAUGACCGCAAGUUCCUGUUAGAUCGGCGCAAUUCGCCGGUGGCGCAGACCCCCCCGGCGCGACUGCCAGCCAUCCCGGGGGUGACCAGCCCGACCCUCAUCGGCGACAACAAGCAGACCGAAGCCACCAAUCAUGCGAACAACCACGACGGCAAGGGAACACUGGGUGAAGAUGCUCAGUUUGAAAUGGACAUCUAAGAAGAGAAGCUGAGAAGAUGCCUUCACCUAGCACCUGCUCAGAAGCUCAGGGGCCUGUAUAGACCAAUGCCUACAGCCCUGCUGCUCCAUAGCUGCUCUCUGUCUUUGGUAGCUGGGUGCAAGUUCCGUCUAUUGGGUAGAUGUAGAACCACAGGUCAAUCAACAGUGCGAUAAAUGGGGGAAGUCAAAUUUCAGGUCAUGUCACGGGCUAGAUUUUAGUGUCGUAUAAUAUAACACAGCUCGGCUGAUGUGCUCCCUCCCCCCCCCCCCAGCCCUGAAUAUCUUACACAGGACAUCCCCAACACCCACCCCCACCCCCCGCCCAUGCCCCAAACCACACCACAGUGAGAUCAACACCCAGAUCUGAGAAAUCUGCCUGACCAAUGCAAGAUGGUUUUAAAAAGCUUGAAACUCCAAGACAACCAGUCCUAUCGUGCAUCUCUGCUUCACGAUUAUUGGUAAUAAAAAACUGAAACCCAACAUUGCGUAGGUUGAGAUGUUAUGGAGAGUUUUUACACAGCCAGAUGCCCUUAAGAAAAAACUUAAUCUACCCUUUUCCUCCACCCACAUGCUUGGUUUUCCCCUUACUGCGCUGACAGGGUGUCAAUCACGGCAAAAUUCUUUCUCUAGUGUAGUCAGCAGCUUACAGAUCGCAGCAUAUCAAGGGUUCGGACAAUGGAAAUGCCGCAUACCUGAAUCUUGGGCUUUAGAUCUUUAGUGUAGUGAUGAAGGAAAUCUGGUACAAUAUCCUGCAUUUAUUAUCAGAAAGAGCAGAAUGUUUGUGUCAUUCCAAGCCUAGAAUUUCCCUCACAGACGUUGAGCCUGCUGAUUUCUUUUCCUCCUGUUCAGUUUUCUGUUUGGAAUGCCUCUGGUAUUAUUAGGUUGCUUUUCCCCUGGUUUUGCUGUCUGGGCAAUAACAGCAGUGAGAGUUUGCAGCAGCAGAAUACAGUAUGACAAUGGUCCCAAAAUGGUCUGGAAAACAUCAGAAGGUAUGUGGAACAUUAUUUUAAAAUUGCAAGUACCAAUGUUUUUUGAUAUGAAUUUAUUGAAAUUUUUAAAUUCUUCCCGGUAUUUAAUUUAUUUUAUCUAAACACUGAAGUUACUGCAUUUGAGGUUUGACAUUCAAAGACUGAGGCCUAUUCAGUUUAAGGACAGGCUCAAAACAGGGAAUAUAUGCCAAUUUAACUUUAUUCAUUUAUUGAGGUUUUAAAGCAACACUGUACUGCCGUCAGUACGGAUGUUUAAAUUAAAGUUUUGAUGGAAUUACACUAAAGUUUAUUCAUUGAAACUUUGUGGAUGUAGAUGAACUGUAGAAAUCAACUGAAUCCAAGUGACAUUUUUAAAUUUGGAAAUCUUAAGUAAAUUAGGCACUAGAUACAAACAGGUUUGGUAUUAUUAAAAUUCACAUUUUGAUUCCAGUUUAUUUUGCGUAUAAAAUUGGGUUAAGACAUGUAUCACAUGCAAUUUAAUUUUACAUUGGUUGAUGGUUGUUUCACAGUAAUUCCUGCAGUAUUCAUUGAUUUUUUUUUUCCCUUCGAAUUCUAGUCCAUUUCCCUACUUAUGCAUUUGUCUUCUAUUUUUUUGUUACUUUUUUUUCUUUGAAAUAUGUCUGUUCCAUGUACAGUAAAACCAUCUAAAUUGGUUUGAUAUUGUAGUUCGUUCUCAGUUACCAAUAUAAAUUGAUCAGGUCAGAGGUUGUGCUCACUGUGGAUCACAAUCGUGGAUAUGUCUCCAAAAUGAUUUAAUAUAAAAUACUGCCAAACAUUAGUGCUUGUCUGGAUUUUUGCUGCCUAGUUACUUACCAAGAUAGAUAUAAUGUUGCAAGUUGGUCCCCUCCCACUCAAAACAGUUUUAAAAUCCAAAUUUAUGGUUUUACUUUGCAGUCAGGGAAGUGAACUAUGUCAUGUUUUAAUUUGUACAAUGUGAACUAAGUUCCACCCUUGUAGGUGUACAGUAACUCGAUACAGAAAAUAAAAUGUAAAUAAUAUAUCUUGCAUCCACCUUAAUGUAAGAUUCCGUGGAUUCUACAUCAUUCAAUAAAUGGCAAGCUGCAAUUUUGACAAA